CAGCAUGUCGAGAAUGCCGACCACCGUCCUGCUGCUGAUCGUGUUGCAUUCGCUGGUGGCCGUGGCGUCGGCUCAGCCGCAGCCGGCAUUGGCGCGAGAGGGGUGCCGCGAGAGCUGCGGCAACAUCACCGUCCCCUACCCCUUCGGCAUCGGCAGCGGCUGCUACCGCGUCGACGGCCUCGGGAGCCGGGGUUUCGAGCUUGUGUGCAAUGACACCGGCCCCUCCGCUCCGCGGCUCACCUUCUUCAGCUACAACUACAGCCUCGCCGACUUCUCCCUCGCCACCAGCCAGGUCACGGUCUAUGUCAAGGCGACCACGGCGUGCUUCGACUUCACGGGCGGGCUGAUCGGCGGGGACGCCGGUGCGUACACGUCCGUCGACACCAGCGUGUACCGCUUGUCCAGCGAAGGCGAUAUUGACGUGCCCGUCGUGCUCGACUGGGCCGUCCGGGAUGUCGGCGACUGCAGCGCCGCCCGGAACGCGAGGGACUUCGCGUGCCGGAGCGCGCACAGCACCUGCUUCGACGUCGCCAACGAUGGCGGGUACGGCUGUAACUGCUCUACGGGCUACGACGGCAACCCCUACCUCGACAAUGGAUGCAGAGACAUCGACGAGUGCGAACGUAAAGACUUGUGCUACGGAAUCUGCAAAAACACGCCGGGAAACUACACUUGCCAAUGCCCUCGGGGGACAAGUGGAAAUCCCAGAGUGAAGGAUGGUUGCCGACCAGAUUCACCACAAGACAAGUUCACCUUAGCUCUCAAAAUUGUUACAGGAGUCAGCGUGGGAGUGAUCUUGUUAGGGUCCAUGUGCUGCUGCCUCUGCCUGGCGCGGCAGAAGAGCAAGCUCGUCAGAACAAAGCAGAAAUUCUUCGAGCACAAUGGAGGCGUCAUCCUGCAGCAACAAAUGCAGUCAUACGGUAGCACCACCGGCGGGUUCAAGAUUUUCUCCGCUGAAGAGCUCAAGAAGGCGACCAACAACUUCGCCGCCGACCAGAUCCUCGGCCGUGGAGGCCACGGCAUCGUCUAUAGAGGUGUCCUCGCAGACGAUUCGGUGGUGGCCAUCAAGAAGUCCAAGUUGAUGGAGGAGACCGAGACCAAGGAGUUCACAAGGGAGAUGUUCAUUCUCUCCCAAAUUAACCACCGGAACGUCGUCAAGCUGCUCGGCUGCUGUCUUGAGGUGGAGGUGCCGAUGCUGGUAUAUGAGUACGUCUCAAAUGGCACCCUAUACCAGUACAUCCAUGGAGGCAAGGGCCUUGAUGCCAACACGCCCUUGGAUACCCGUCUCCGGAUAGCGGCCGAGUCGGCAGAGGCGCUGGCCUACAUGCACUCAUCGGCCUCGCCACCGAUCCUCCACGGUGACGUUAAGACGGCUAACAUCCUGCUCGACAGCAGCCUCACCGCAAAAGUAACGGACUUUGGAGCAUCAAAGCUGGCUCCAAAUGAUGAGGCCGAGAUCGCCACGCUAGUGCAAGGCACCUGCGGUUACCUGGACCCCGAGUACCUUAUGACAUGCAGGUUGACUGACAAGAGCGAUGUGUAUAGCUUUGCUGUCGUUCUGCUGGAGCUGCUGACCAGGAAGAAGGUUCUCUGUUUUGACGGCCCGGAAGAAAAUAGGAGCCUUGUGUCACGUUUCAUAAUGGCCGUGAAAGCCGGCCGGCAUGAAGAGCUCAUGGAUGACAGUGUGAGGAAGGAGAUGGGGCAUGAGGCUCUCCAAGAGGUAUCACACCUCCUCAUGCGAUGCGUUAGCAUGAACGGCGAGGAACGUCCGGGGAUGAAGGAGAUUGCGGAGAGGCUGGAGGCACUGAGAAGAUACCAGCGGCAUCCUUGGGGCCAGGCUGCUGGUGGUGAUUCGGAGGAGGAGGACAGGAGCUUGCUUGGGAGGAACCAACACCGUGAUGUGGACUAUAAAUUCAGACCUCAUGAUGUGCUUGAUCUUGAGGGGAGCAGUACACGCUAUUUCAGCGUGUAGGUCCAUCGUUUUAACGUUUUUCUUAAGCCACUAGGCACGCUUUAUUGAUUUAUUGGAAAUGAAGAAAAAUAAGCUUCAUGUUGAAUUCCCAUCUGAA